GUUGGACUUGUUGGUAUUCGGCGGCCGAUCUACAAGGACGAUCAAUUUAUUUUCCCUAAAUGAUGAGUUUCAGCAUGAAGACAACAACAUCAACAACAAGUACAUGGACACUAAUGACGACGCCUGCAAUGAAAUUUACUGAAUUUGGGACACUAAAGGCAUUGACCACAACAUCUACAUCAACGACAAUGACGCCGUCGACAGUAGCAGCAUCAAGGAAGAGGAGGACAUCUGAGACAAUCAUGUCAACGACUACUAAAUUGACAACGACAACAUCCAGAGUAAUACCCGCAAUUACAACAAUGACGACAUGGACGACAAUGCCUAAAUCAAAGACAAUGAUAUCAACAACGUCGACAGCAGCAGAGAUGAUGGCGUCGAAGAUAAGGACAGUAUCAACGACUCCAUUGACAACGACAACGUGGAUGACAAUGCCUGAGUCAACAUCGAUAACGUGGACCAAAAUGCCUAUGUCAACGACAAUGACAGCAUGGACCUCAACAUUAACAUCAACGACAAUGAUGGCGCCGAUGGCAACAAUGUCAGAUACGAACGAGUCAAAGACGAUAAUAUCAACAACGGCGACUCCAUUGGCAACAACAAAGUUGAUGACAAUGCCUAACAACAAUGACAACAUGACAACAUGGACCACAAUAUCCACAUCAGCGUUAAUGAUGGCUCCACUAUUAGAUACAAUGGCGUCAAAUACUACAAUAACAUCAACAAUGACAACUGCAGAGAUGUUGACGUCAAUGACAAUGUCUGAAUCAACAGCGACAACAUGGACCCCAAUGCCUAUGCCAACGACAAUGAUGGAAUUGGCCACCACAUCUGCAACGUCGGCAAUGGACGCUGAGACGCUAAUUACAUUACAUAAAAAAGAAUUAGAUAUUCUCGUAAAAAGAGCUGUCAGAUCCGCUCUAAGAGAUGAAAGACAUGGAAGAGGAAUUUGGGCCUCUCCAAACUUCAAGCGGCAAAAUGUCUGCUCAUAG